AUGUCUAGCUCAUCUAGCUCUAGCGAUGAUGAAAUGAUGAAGACGUUCUUUCUUAUGGGAGCUGCUGUCGUUGAGGAAGAAGUACAGGAGAAAUGUUCAACUCCAGUUCAACAUAAAAGAUGUAUCGUGCUCCAUCAAAACCGACUGGAAGGCCACAAUCGGUUGUUCCAAGAUUAUUUUGCUGACGCACCAACCUAUCCUCUUCAUUAUUUUCGUCAAAGAUUCAGAAUGACGCGUUCGUUAUUCCUUCGAAUCCACGACGCAGUCGUCGAACAUGACAAGUACUUCGUCCAAAAGAAGAAUGGUGCUGGACAGUUAGGACUAUCUAGUCUUCAAAAGAUUACUGAAGCUAUGUGGAUGCUCGCAUAUGGAGCAUCCGCUGACUCCGUUGACGACUACGUUCGGAUCGGUAAAAGUACGUCGCUUGAGAGCGUGAAGAGGUUUGUUCGAUCGAUUAUCAACAUCUUUGGAGAGGAAUACCUUCGUUCACCGACUAAUGAAGACGUUGCACGCAUGCUCGAGGAAGGUUCACAACGAAGUUUUCCUGGUAUGCUUGGGAGCAUCGACUGCAUGCACUGGACAUGGAAGAACUGUCCAACUGCCUGGCAAGGUAUGUAUACUAGACAUUAUCAUGAACCUACAAUUAUUUUGGAGGCCGUAGCUAGCAAAGAUCUUUGGAUAUGGCAUAUCUUCUUUGGACUUCCGGGGUCUCACAAUGAUCUAAAUGUUCUACAUCGUUCACCGGUUUUCGCACAACUUGCGGAGGGAAGAGCUUCACCGUGCAACUAUACUGUCAAUGGCCACGAGUAUAAUAUGGGAUACUAUCUCGCCGACGGGAUUUACCCAGAGUGGUCCACAUUAGUGAAGACUAUUCCAGCACCUCGAGGAAACAAGCAUAAGUACUUUGCUCAACAACAAGAAAGCGCAAGUAAAGAUGUUGAGCGAGCUUUUGGCGUGUUGCAAGCUUGA